UCCCGCCGGGCUGCCUUCCCGCCCCCGAAAGUGCCGCCCGCGCGGGUGGGGCUGACCCCGGCAUUGCCUGCUUCUCUUCGGCAGAACUACGAGCAUUUAUUUAAGGUGAACGACAAAUCCGUGGGGGGCUCCUUUUACCUGCAGUCCAAGGUGGUGAGAGCCAAGGAGCGGCUGGACGAAGAGCUGCAGAUCCAGUCCCGGAGGGAACAAGGCCCAGCACACAAGCCAGGCACGUAGCACAACCUCUCUCUUGCACUGGCCUCCCCUCUAAAUUAUAGCUAGCCAAUAAAUUGCCCUUGUGUA